AUGGGGUCGGCGAACUUUGUCAUUUGCUUUGUCAUUGGUGCCAUGGGAUUGUUGAGACCAUUCAAAGUGCACCAUCAUGAGUUUAUGAAGGAUCUGUACUCAUUCCUCUCCUUUAUUAUCUUGGCGUUGGUACUCAUAGCAGAUGCCAAGUUGUGGAACGGGGAAUGUGCCCUGAUGGUGAUUGCUUAUAUCGCAUACGUCAUCUAUACCAUAGUGUUUACGAAUGAAGGUAAGGAGUAUGAGGUUGAAGGGGAUGAUGAGCAUCACGUGUUGGUACCCAACUCUGAUACUCUAUCACCUCCACUGGAUACAAUCAUCGCAGAGUCGAUCAAAUCAGGAGAUUUGGAUCUUGAUGUUGAUAGAAUAAGGAAUUCACAGAAGCUGAGUGUCUUCCAGGCACAACGGGUCUGGAGAGCCUUAUCUCCUGCUAAUUCUCCUUCCAGAACUGGCUCUCCUUCAAUAUCAAGAUCCGUAUCGGAGCAGUUCCAGUCUUCUAAACGUUUUUACACGUUUCCUGAGAUGGCGAUGAGUGAUGAUGCAACAAACUAUUAUCCAAAGAUAGUGUCACCAACACCUCUGCCUGCACCCCAGAUUACAGUGACAGAGGCAUCUGAGGAUUCACAUGGAUCUGAGGAACCGCAUGGGUUAAAUGAGGCACAUGAACAUGAGGGUCUACACGUUUUGAAUGAGGCAAAUGAAGCUGAGGAAUCACGGGAAUUAAAUGAAGGACAUGAAACUGAUCUAUCAUACGAGCCUCUGGCAGAACGUGUCGAUGAAACAAACGAUGAUCAUAGCACCAUCUCUUCAGUUAUGAUUGAGAUAAGCGGUGAUUAUCCCUGGAGAUUUCUGUUGGAGCCCUUUGUUGAUGAACCAAUAACCACUUUCAACAUCAUUUCAGCUCCUAUUGUGAUUCUCUUCAACGUUAUGAUUCCAACUUAUCCAGAGAAGUGCACCGAGUCUCCACGACUAUAUGAAUCAGAGCUCAAUUUGAGGAAAAGGCUUAUGUACUUCCAACUGUUUACAUCGCCUUUUUUGCUUUCAUUCUUGCUGUUUCCUCAUCUUACGCUCACACCAAGGCUUCUAAACUCUAUGGCUCUGGUACUCAUCAAUGUCCCACUUAACCACUAUGCCAGUGUCACUUUACCACUUACUGGCUUCGUAUUGUCAAUUGUGACGAUCAUGUCUCUCAGCUCAGUGCUUAUACCUAUAUUGAAAAACAUUGGUGUUAUCUUCCAAAUAUCCGAAUCUUUACUGGGCCUGACUAUUCUUGCACUGGGUAAUUCUGUUGGUGAUCUUAUUUCAAAUCUAACCCUUGCAAGGCUUAAUCUUAGUGUCAUCGGUGUCAACGCCUGCUUUGGAUCGCCUCUUCUCUACAUCUUGUUAGGGAUUGGAGUCAAUGGGUUGGUUGUUAAUGUUCGUAAAGGUGCACCUUAUAUGCCAAUCCAAGUGGAUUCUCAUUUCAAGGUUUCUAGCAUAGGUCUCGUCACGAUGUUAUGUUUCUAUGCGAUUUAUAUUCCGUUGAAUCGUUGGUGGAUAGACCGUAGAGUUGGUGUGAUCGGUAUCACAUGGUGGUGUCUAAUAACAGCUGUAAAUGUUUACUUUGAAAUCAAGCGAUAAGUGAAUGAUAUUAAAUAACGAAUGAAUAUAUUAAUUAAAACGAAAACUCCUCCAGAA